AUGAAAGUCCCCUUCAAUCCGGGCUACUACUAUUACAACUACGGAAUUUGCACGGGAGCCUCUAUUUCGUGUCCCCAAUCGUAUUUUCCUUCGUGCAAUAUUGCAUCGGAUGCCGAUGAAACAGACGCCACACUUCCACCAAACUACCCGUAUUACAAUUCAACGAAUUGCGGACAUCGAUGUUGCUACGAGCAAUAUUUGAGACAGAGACAAAAGGAAUUUGAGCAGUUUUAUUGUUCGGCACAAGUGCAACAGCGAGAGCACGAAGCUAAUAAAAACAACUGCGAGCAAUCCCAAGUAGGAAAUACAACAUCGGCACCGCCACCAACUGCAAUUGCGACGACAGCGGCACCCGGAACCAAACCGAAACCCAUAAAAAUAGAUAAAGCAACCGAUACUUCCACAGACAUGAAUCCACCUGACAGCCCACCUUCCAUGGCUUCUUCCGCAAGUCCUCCACCGGCACCACCACCGCUACCAAUCUCCGUUCGAGCCGCAUAUUGUGCACGAUGUCGCUUCAACAUUGAACAUUCGCGACACGAUUUAUCAAGUAGCCAAAGUCAUCUGCUGAAUGUCGGAAAUGGCACUGGCAGUGCACCAGCCAACAAUUACGGCAUUCCUAGAAACUCAUACGCAGGAUACAACGUCCAACAAAACCGUGGUUUGGCCGAUGAGGAAGAUAGCGUGUACCCCGCUUUGCUGGAACGUGAAUUUCACUCAUUACAUCGUAAUGUACCUGGACUGCGUCGAGCUGGAGUGGAUACGAAUGCAAUUCGCCAGCACUUUUAUCCGGACGGAGGAUGGGGCUGGAUUGUGUGUGGCGUUGCAUUUCUAGCGCAUGUACUCACUACCGGAUUUCAGUUAUCCUAUGGCCUACUUCUCCUGUACGCAAUGCGCCACUUAGGACACCAAGCAGAUGUUGAAGCAGGUUGGCUAGGAGCCGCCAGUUGGGCAACAUCAUUAUUUACAAGUUCGAUUGUUGUGGCCUUUUGUCGUCGUAAAUCGACACGUUUAACUGCCGUUUUAGGGGGCCUUGUGCUAGCUCUUGGCAUUUUAUUUACAUCGUUCGCAACACAACUGCAUCAAAUAGCUUUCAGUUAUGGCAUCAUUGUUGGAUUUGGUGCGUCUUUGGUACGAGAAUCAUCCUCUGUUAUGAUUGGCCAUUAUUUCAAAAGAAGGCGACAAUUCGUGGAAAUGAUUACCAUGAGUGGCGAAGGUGUUGGCGUAGCUCUUUUUUCCGUCAUUCUGAAAGAGGGUGUCGGAAAAAUGGGAUGGCGAUUGGGUUUGCAAUCUGUCACGGUGCUCGUUUCGAUGAGUUUUUUCAUGGGCUUGCUUUAUCGACCAGCAUCGUUGUAUCAUCCGCAACGCAGAGCGAUUCAACAUUUGAAAAAUCAAAGGAAAAAGGUGAAGGAAAAGAAAACUCACAUUCGAACACCGAAGCCACCUUUUAUGGAUUUUUCACCACUAAAAUCAACAUCUGUGCAAAUGAUGUCUCUGUCAGCGGCAAUGGCAGCUUACGGAAUUUAUACACCGAUAUUUUUUAUGUCGUUGCACGGCUAUCAGGAAGGAUAUGAUAUGCAAGAUUUAGUGCUAAUCCAAACAUUUAUCGGUCUAUCGAUUGCCAUUGGCAUAGUGGCAGGUGGAUCUGCAAUAAAUAAAACAUGCCAAUUUAUAAAUUAUAAAAAAAUACGUAUCUCUCGUCAAUAUGUUUGUCAGGGCUGUGUUAUUUUAUCAGCGGUCUCGAUGUUAUUUUUAUCUGGCAUCUCCGAGCACCAUUACUUUUGUUUAGUCGCUUGGAGCUACGGCCUUAGUCUUGGCGGCUAUAAAUAUUCGUUGAAAAUGUUAGCGUUAGAACGAAUACGCGGCAAGCAUUUUACCAAAGCAUGGGGUUUUAUAAAGGGAGCUGAAUCACUGCCAGUAGUAAUAGGAGUUCCUCUAACUGCUUAUCUAAAUGAAGCAUCACACAAAUACGGUCGCGCCGGUUAUUACAUUUGUUCCGCAUUCGCUCUGAUUUCUGGUAUUUUGAUGUUUUUCAUCGGACAUCUAGAGGAACGUAAAAAUGUCUCCAAAUAUUCGACAAACGGAUCGAUUAUGUCGCGAUGUACACAACCUUCCACUGCCACCACCACUACCGAUACAUGUCCGCACGGACUCUCACGUAGCUAUUCUCUCAAUCGUAGACGUCAAAAUUGGCCAACGAGUUCUCCAUAUCCUGCCAAUGCAUAUCAACAAGGAUACUACCUGCAGCAACAACAACAGCCGAUGAUGUACAAUGAUGGAUGUGGCAGACCUGGGCGCUUGCAAAAAAGCUAUUCGUUUGCAUUCCAGACACCACAUGCAAUGAUGAAUGCCAACGAAUUGAAUUAUCAGCCAGCAUCGUGCCACGGCUCACAAAGUGCGUGUAAUACGAUUGAUCGAAGAUAUUCAAGGUGCGAACUGCAUCGUCAACACCAACAACAACAACAACAACUGCAACACCACCAAACAUUCUAUCCAUUUACCUAUUACCAAACUAACGGCACUUUGCAUGCACGUAGUCGAAGUGUGCCCGAGGGCUUAGGCAACGGUCAUCAUUUCGAUUACAGUAGCUUGUACAACAAUAAGGGAGCACAACAACAGUAUUGUCAAUGGAUAAAUGGAAGCAAUUAUUGGCAGCAACAACAACAGCAGGCUAAUAUUCGACCACAAGUACAUGUGGUUGAGCAAAUGACGACAUCUGUUUGACCCACAAUUCCAAUCAAAUUAAAGUUUGGCAUACAUUGUGUGAUAAAAUAUUUGAAAAGUGCGAGAUUUCAAAAAAGCUUUCGAAACAUACACAUAUUUUUCAAUUGAAAAUCAGUCACGCACAAAAAUCUGUUCGGAUGAAAUUAAAAGCAUUCGACAAUAAUUUACAACAAAAAAAAAACAAGAAAAACCAACAUAAAUAGUGAAAAAUAAUCUGUAGAUAAAGUGCACACAUGAAAAAAAUUUAUUACCUAUUCUACGUGUUAAAUGUUGUUUCAAAUCUAUUUAUUUUAGAUUUAAGUGCAUAGACAUGUAUUUCCGAGUGGGAAACCGUAUAGGAAAGUUAACAAUUCGACAAAAAAUAUGUUAAAAUAUUAAAAUGCUUUAGUACACGUAGAUUUAUUUACUCUUGUUAUAAUUGCAAAUGUUAUUGUCAACUGAAAUAGGA